AUGCGGCAGCGUCAGUGGUUAGAGUUAAUUAAAGACUACGAUUUACAGAUCCAUUAUCAUCCUGGUAAGGCCAACACGGUUGUAGAUGCUCUUAGUCGGAAAAAUAUGGGAGAUUUGGCCAACCUGUUUACGGAGCAAAGGGAAUUGGUAAAUGAAUUGGAUAAAAUGAGUGUGGAAUUUAAGAUACAUGGACAGGAGACAGUCCUAGCAACAGUAAUCGCUCAACCGACUUUACUUGAAGAGAUUAAGUUACAUCAAAUGGAGGAUGACAUUCUAAAGAAAGUAUAUGAAGAGUUAGAGACAAAACCAAAAUCGGGAUUCAGUUUGGUGGAUUCGGCACGAGUCAAAGUUUAUCCAAAUAAUUGUUCAGGAGAUUGUGGGUUGAACAAUGUCAGCGUAAUGGUGAUCUGUGGGAUGCAUGGAAUAGGGAAGACAACCAUUGCAAAAAUUGUUUAUAACCAAAACUUCGACAAAUUUAAAGGUAGCAGUUUUCUUGCAAAUAUUAGAGAAACUGCAAAACAACCUAAUGGUUUGGUUUGUUUGCAGAGACAGCUUGUUUCAGAUAUUCUAAAGUGGAAUAAGGAAAGAAUAUACUGUGUUGCUGAGGGAAUCAAUAAGAUUAAAGAUGCUAUGUGCUGUAAAAGAGUUCUAGUUGUUCUUGAUGAUGUUGAUGAUUUGGACCAAGUAAAAGCAUUAUUGGGGAUGCGAGAUUGGCUUCAUGCAGGAAGUAAGAUUAUGAUAACUACUAGACAUGUGCAAUUGCUAAAGACUGAUGAAGUGUACAAGUCGUAUGUGGUUAAGGAAUUGAAUGAUGAUGAAGCACUCUGUCUCUUCAGCCGGCAUGCCUUUGGACAAGACAAACCUAUUGAAGCUUACAUGGAGCACUCAAAAAGGGUAAUACACCACUGUGGUGGCCUUCCGCUAGCUCUGGAAGUCUUGGGCUCUUCUCUGUGUGGUGAAACUAUUGAUGUGGAGAGAAAGUGCAUUAGCAAAAUUAAGAACACAUUUUCCGUGAAAAUUCAUAAUGUGCUUAAAAUAAGUUAUGAUUCUUUAGAUGAUCAUGAGAAAAAUUUAUUCCUUGAUAUUGCUUGUUUCUUUGUUGGAAAGGACAAAGAUUACACGGUUAAAAUACUAGAGGAAUGUGAUUUCUCCAUAACAAUUGGUAUUCAAAAUCUCACUCAUAGAGGUCUCAUAGAAGGAACAACAACAAUUGAAGGCCUUAGCCUCAACUUAGAAGAUAUGCCAGCUAAGAGUGCAAGCGGUGCACAAUCCCAAAAUGAAGAUUUUGUUGCAGAACAUACAAUGUUUAACGAAGGCAAUUCAUUGAAGCGACGUCUCCGAGGCUUAUUCUCUUUUCUCCGUGUUAUUCCUGCCUUCACAGAAUCAUUUUCAGAUGAAGAUGAAGAUGAUUUGAAAACUGAUGCAUGUUCACAGAUGCACACUUCAAGACUACUUCAGCUUAAUAAUGUAAGACUCAGUGGCGGAUAUCAAAAAUUUCCUAAGAAAUCAUUGAAAAUCCUUGAUCUCAGUUAUUCCUAUGGCCUUACCAAUUCCCCUGGCUUCUCACAGCUCCCUAAUCUUGAGAGACUGAUUCUUAAAUAUUGCAUAAAUUUGGUUGGGAUUCACGAAUCAAUUGGGGAAUUAGGGACCCUUGUUUUGUUGAAUCUUGAAGGAUGUAAAAAUCUAAGGAAGCUUCCAAAGAAAGUUUUUUUGGUCAAAUCCCUUGAACUCAUUCUUAGUGGAUGCUCAAUGCUGGAUGGGCUGCCCCCUGACCUGUGCAAGAUGGAAUCGUUCAAAGUGCUUCAUGCAGAUGGAACAAAUUGA